AUCAUCAUCAUCAUCAACAUCAACAGCAACCCCCUGUCUACAACCUAUACAACAUGACCCCCCUCACAGGCUCCUGCCUCUGCUCCAACAUCCAAUACCGCAUCGAUCUACCGGACUCAGAGCCAACCCCCAAAAUCGCCCUCUGCCACUGCACCAGCUGCAAACGCGCCACCGGCUCGAGCUUCUCCUCCAACAUCCUCAUUCCAGCCCCCACCCUGUCCUACACCCGCGGCAGCCCCAAAACCUACAACUGUCCCUCCGACCGCGGCCCACCCGUGCGCCGCGCCUUCUGCGCCGACUGCGGCUCGCCGCUGACGACGCAGAUGAGCGAUAACCCCGGGACGCUGAUCGUCAAGACGGGCACGCUCAAUGAGGGGGAGAGGGAGAGGGUAAGCGAGCUGGGCGUGGAGAUCUAUGCCGGGAGACGCGAUGCGUGGCUGGGUGCUGUUGGGAAGGUGGAUAGUGUGGAGGGGAUGAUUUGAUGGGUUUUGAUUUGGUUAUGUGUAUGUGUAUAAUU